AUGUCUAAUGAGUUGAUCAUAGAGAUGGAGUUCCUGAUGAUCCCACCACUCAUGUUGAAGAGGUUUUACAUGCGGCUUGAUUUGUAUCUAUCUCCGCUGGAAGAGGUUAUCGAUGCAGACGAGCAGUACAAAUAUUGUAAUAUUCUCGAGCCUCCACACAAGAGACCGGUGUCUGUUGCUCUUCUGAGGAAAAUGAAGCAGUUCUGGAGUCUUGGUCCGACAUUCUUUGAUUGGGCCCACGGUCUGCCAGGCGUUGGCGUCGUUCCGUCAGGCAUCCUGUAUGGAAAUCAGGCGGCAACUAUCGAAGAGGACGACUCGGACGGCGACGAUUCGGAUGUCUAG